GCUUCAAUCUCCAGUGCUUCGAAAGCUCGACACAGUAUCGAAACCUGAGCAUCGAGCGGCCCAUCACUAGUGAGAAGGCUGUAGAGUUGCAUUUAGGCUUUAUUUACUGCUAAGUCAGAAGAGUGGAAAAAUACAACAGCAUCUGAUCUUUAACUCUCAAGUAUAACUAUGGAUUACUUCAGAAACAUGUUUAAAGGUCGCUGGUCUUCAGACAUUAGAUUGGAUGGGAAGACUGCUAUCAUAACUGGUUCUAAUACUGGCAUUGGCAAAGAAACUGCACAGGAUUUGGCACAGAGAGGUGCAAGAAUCAUUAUGGCCUGUAGGGACAUGGAGAAAGCAGAAGCAGCCAAAAAAGAAAUAUCCGAAAGUUCUGGAAACACCAAUAUACUUGUCAAGAGGCUGGACUUGUCAGACACUAAAUCUAUUAGGGAAUUUGCACAGCAAAUUCAUUCUGAAGAGAAUCAAGUCAACAUUCUUAUUAACAACGCAGGAGUUAUGAUGUGCCCUUAUUUAAAGACUGCUGAUGGCUUUGAGCUACAAUUUGGUGUCAAUCACUUAGGACACUUCUUACUUACAUAUUUACUGAUUGACAUUAUAAAAAAAUCAGCACCAGCCAGAAUCAUUAAUGUCUCUUCCAUGGCACAUAAAUGGGGUAAUAUAAUGUUUGAGGAUAUAAAUAGUGAGAAAAGUUAUGAUUCCUUGAAAGCCUACUCUCAAAGUAAACUUGCAAAUGUGCUUUUUAGCAGAGAACUGGCAGAACGACUUAAAGGUUUUAAUAUCAAUGUGUACUCUUUGCAUCCUGGAGUUGUGAGAACUGAGCUAGGAAGGCACCUUAGCAGUGCUUCACAGUUUUCUAUGAAGCUGAUGCGACCAUUUACUAAGUCUUCAGUAGAAGGCGCUCAGACAUCCAUUUACUGUGCUGUUGCCCCAGAGCUUGAAAAAGAAACAGGCGGUUAUUACAGUGACUGUGCUUCUACGCCCUGCUCAAGAAGGGGAGCUGAUGACCAGCUUGCGAAGAAACUAUGGGACUUGAGUUGUCAGCUAUUAAAAAUAACAUGGGAUUGAGCUGUGAGGAUUGUUUAACACUAGCUGGUGUUGGUGAUGUAACAAGAAAAUUGCAAUUACUACUUUAGCAAAUAUGUUAGUAACUAGUCAUGAUGCAAGGAAGUAAACUGAAACAGAAACACCCAGUGGAAGAGCAUCAGCAACAUGGAACGGGUACAACUGGAGCUUCCUCAGUGCCUUUGGACUACCACUUCAGAUUUCCGUUAAUAAUUAUUGUGAUUUUUGAAAUGUGUCUUUUCUUUUCUUUUUUUUUAUUAAUAAUUUUACCAUGAUUUGUACAAACAGUACAUUUUUGGUAUACAGUGUCUACCUUGGGAGCUAUUCUGUUAAUAAUUUGGUUAAGACACGGAACUGUUAUCUGCAGUUGCUUUAUGUGUGUAAUGGAUGAUUUGUUUUAGUUUGGCAAAAAAUACAAUGCUUAUUUGUUCAUUAAUUACUUUCUAUAAUUAAAAUAAUUGAACUACUUUAAACAUUUCACUAAAAUUAUGAAUGUUUUCUGAUUUGCUGGUUUUAAUAUUCAGUGUAUAAUCAUACUAACUGGUCAUAAUGUCUUCAACAAAUCAAAUGUGGAAUAGAAAAAUGUUUCCCACACUGCAGUAAGUGCAUAUGCAAAAACUAGAAAAAAACACUACUUGAAGCAGAAGUUUUGCUUUUCUUUAGCAAAGAAAAAAUUCUGUCAGUGAGGUAAGCAAAAUUUACUUGACAAGAUUUCUUAACAUAAGCUAAAUAUUCUUAAACAGAUUUCUCAAUAAGUCUAUAAAUCUUACAUUAAGGAAAAGAAGAUUUUUAAAUGUUUGAUAUAGAAAAAAAACUUUCAUACAUUUAUUUUUGUCAUGAUUUAAUUUUCAGCCUUAGGUUUAAUUAUACAUUUUUAUUUAUAUUUAAAAUAGUGUUGGUGGAAAAAUCAUUACUGAAAUUGUGUACAUUGAAAAAUUAAAGUUCCACUGCCAGGUUUUAUUUGACUGCUAAAUUUAUUUACCCGUAUACAACAAUUAUAUUUAGUUUUAUAUACUGUAAUGCAAUAAAUACUGGGCACUUUCAAUCUUUUGUUUAUCACCAAAUUUAUCAAAUGAUAAAGGAAGUUUUAAAAAGACAAAUGGAAAAAUUAGGUAUUGUUGUGAAGUUUGUCAUUUUCUGACCACAGUAAAAAAGAGAGGGUGUGUAUGGGGCUUGUUCCUUUGAGGGCAGCUAACAGAAACACAGCAAGAGUUCUGAAGGAGCUGAUACUUGAGAACUCAAUUCUUAUUUGCUAUUAGUAAUGUGGUGAAAGUUGGGUCAGUGAAGUGCCAGUUUAUGUCAGUAUCGGCAAAUGAAAAGUUUUAAACACAGUGAUCAAUAAAAAGGCAUUUUGAAUUGAUUAAUAUUUAAAUAACUGGCUUUGAUGUGGAAGUACAUGGCCAUGGUGUAUUGCAAGUUUCAGAACAUGAGUGGCAACUUUAUAAACCAUC